UUGAAAUAAUCGGAGACAGAGUUUCGGAGCACCGUAUAUAUGAUGGAGGUUCUGUCAUGCACCGCCGUAAUAUCGCGGGAGCCAAACGAAUCACGCGAGUAUCGUACAGCGGGUACAUACACGCCAUCGCGCAUAUAUCCACGGAUAUAUCACGCGAAUGCACGUUUACGCGAAUAACGCUUCGGCAUAAUUAUGUGUGUGCGUGUCGCUCGCCGGGUUGCGCAUAUGUCGCGACACGUGCGUGUGCGCCGUUUCACGCAUUAGGCAGCAGCAAUAAAUAAAGUCGAACGCGGGAGAAGGAAUAAUAAAAGAUAAGCCCGUAUCGGUCAGCUGAUAUCGGUCGUGCAUCUCCGGAUGUGUUUGGACGCACCGACGACGGGUGUGCUUAUGCAUUCGCAAGAGUGUGUUGGUGUGAUGCGACGGUGCGUCGAUAUGUUGCAAAACAGAAACGCUCUUUGAAUUAUACACCGCGAUUACGCGUCAAAAGAAUCGCAUUACUCACGUCGCUCGCACGCACCUUUCAUCGGGUCGUUAAAAUGUAAAAUGUUUCGCGUGACGAUUAUUCCUUGCGGAAAAUCGAAAUGAUCUUUCCUCGACAAAAAGUGAUCGAGACAUGAAUAUUUUUUUGUUGUAAUCAAGAAGAUGUUUAACUUGGGAGUGUUAGAAAAUUGAAUUUAGAAUUUUUUAUAGCAGGGUUGCGGGGUGCAGUUCAGACAUGGGAAGUGAGCAUUACUGCCUGAGGUGGAACAAUCAUCAGAGCAACUUGCUGGGUGUGUUCAGUCAACUGCUGGAGUCGGAGUCGCUGGUGGACGUGACACUGGCGUGCACGGAGGGACCGUCGAUACGCGCACACAAGGUAGUCCUCUCCGCGUGCUCCAGCUACUUCCAGGCCCUGUUCCUCGACCAUCCGAACCGUCACCCCAUCGUUAUCCUAAAGGACGUACGUUUCGCCGAGCUACGUACCCUCGUCGACUUCAUGUACAAGGGCGAGGUAAACGUCGAGUACUGCCAGUUAUCGGCCCUCCUCAAGACAGCGGAGAGCCUCAAGGUUAAGGGUCUAGCGGACAUGACGAACAUCAACGCGGCGGUAGCAUCCAGGGAAGAACAGCAACAACAGCAGCAGCAGCAACAGCAGCAGCAGCAACAACAACAACAACACACAAGCACCUCCGAUACAUCACGAGAGCAUCAUCGAGAACGAGAACGAGAACGAGAACGGGAACGAGAACGAGACCGAGACCGAGAACGAGAACGAGAACGUGAACGUGAACGAGAACGAGAACGAGAACGAGAUCGGGAGAGUAUAAAAGAGACGAGCGGCAAGGAGAGGGAACGGGAAUCGAACGUCACCACAGGAGUGUCGGCCGGUGUUAAGGAAUGCGAGCAGCAACAGCAACAACAGCAGCAACAGCAGCAAUCCAGCAGCAUUGUACAGAACACCCCCAGCGAAAUUGUGGAUGCGGUGGACAUGACGGAUUGUCCGCCGUCGCCCGCGGGGCCCGGUAGUCCGUGCCCGGGACCGUUGGCCCUUGACCGACCCAGGAGGGACUCCGAGGAUGCGGCCAGCCUCGAAGAGACGAGGGCCGGCUCUCUCAGCCCGAUUUCGGUGCACAGCGGACCAUCCGACAUGAGCCUCAGUAACAACACCGGCGGCGGCGCGCCUGGUGGCGUGCUACCGUUAAACCUGCCGCAGAGCCGGCUUCCGUCCCCGCACAGUACCGAGCCCCUCGCCGGCCCCUCGGGCUUACCCCCGGUCCAGCAAGUUCCGCUAUCCCUGAAAAAAGAAAUGGACUGGGAAAGAUCGACCGAGGAGCGUAGCGCGAGCAGCGAGAUAUCCGCAGACUACAGACUUCCGCCAGAUCCGGUCUCGCUCGCCCUCGGCCUGGACGCGGGCGGAUGGGGCGCGCUGGUGGAGCGGACGAGCGCGCACGGAGGCGCCGGCGGUGGCGGCAUCCUCGGCCACGGCGGCUUCACCGGCCUGGCCGGACUGGCGCGUCGCUGCGGCGUCUGCCUGGCGACGUUCCCGUCGCCGUGGCUGCUGGAGCGGCACGCGUUGCUGCAGCACGCCGGCCAGACCAGCGACGACAAGCCGUUCACCUGCGAGCAGUGCGGCCAGCGUUACCGCUACCGGUCCGCCUACGUGAAGCACCGCGAGCAGAAUCAUCGCGCCCGGCUACCGGCCGACAAGCUCUUCACCUGCGACGUAUGCGGCAUGCAGUUCAGGUAUCUAAAGUCCUUUAAGAAGCACCGUCUCAACCACGCGCUUGAGCGGCUGCAGCGCGCGCCCGAGCCGCAGAGCAGCGUCGUCGUCGUCUCGGCGCCGGCCGAGCGCAGCGAUCAGGUCUCGAGCACCGGCGAGCCGUCCCAAGUGGAGACCGGCAGCGAUACCACGACGAAUCCGGGCGACGCCGAGGAGUUGCGCGGCGUAUUCUCCGAGAACGCUCGCGGUGACGAGAGCGUCUCGGAGACCGCGAGCGUUCAGGAGAAUCCCGGCGAUGCGGUGGAGGUGCAGUUAACGGAAACCACUGCCGCCGGAACCGGCGGGGUUGGCGGCGGCGGCGGCGGCGGCGGCGGUGGCGGUGGCGGUGGUACCAGCAGCGAGGCCGGCGACGUGGACGACAACGCGGUCGACGACGAUCGGCACGAGCCGAGCGAGGCGAUGAUCGGCCUCGCGCGGAGCGUUACUCGCGAGGCCGAUCGUCGCGAGCGACGCUUCGCCUGCCCGUUCUGCGGCAAGUGCGUGAGGUCCAAGGAGAAUCUGAAGCUGCACGUACGCAAGCACACCGGCGAACGGCCGUUUGUCUGCCUGUUCUGCGGCCGCGCCUUCGGCGGCAAGAGCGACCUGACGAGGCACCUGCGCAUCCACACCGGCGAGCGGCCGUACCAUUGCGAGAUGUGCGGCAAAUGCUUCGCCCGGGCUGACUACCUCUCCAAGCAUCUCACCACGCACAUCCACCAGCGCUAACGCGAUCGUAACUCGGCUCACCCGCCUCGGCCUCCUCGGAGCCGAAGAGCAGCAACGCGACGACGUGCCGCCUUCUCUCCGGCGCGUUGACGCCGCGGCCGUUGCGGGGCGACUCGAGGAUUGAUCUUAUUCAAUUAAAUAUUAUACAAUAUUGGAUAUUAUAUAAUAUGUCAAUAAUAAGGAGAAUAGGCGAAAUUGAACGGCGCGCUGAAAAGCAAGAUGUGAAGCAAUAGCGCCAAGUAUUACGAGUACAUCUAUUUGCGCGCUAAUAAUUUCUUUCUGACUACGAAAGACAGAAAUCGGCUCGCUUCCGACUCGUGAAAAUGCCGCAAAGCGGUAACGGCAAUAAUCCUCGGCACUGCUUAACUGAUUUCGACCCAUUUCGAUAGCACACAGAUAGCACACGUUAAAAUCCAAAUCUCGGAAUAUUCGAUCGUUCACCGUAUAUGCGAGAUCAUACCUCGAGUCCGCAACGGCGCUUCGCUCUCGGCUGAUCGUUGCUGAACGAAAAACCAUUCUGCUCGCGAAGAGUACGAGUGUCAAAUGAAACCGCUGAAGGACUCCUAGAGAGGAAGAAAGGAACAGAGUGAAAGAAAAAAAAAGAACGGACCGCAUCUAUCCAUCGCCGCCGGCCCAACAAGACGCGUCAAUUACGGAGAGACAAGGCAGAUUAUGGUAAAAUGCGAUCGCGCGCGAUCUCUAUCUACUACGGUCCACCAGUCUGACGAUGGUUUCUGCGCUACGAUAGUGAGACUAAUUUGUGAUAAGAGAGAUAUGAAACCAAAAAGGAGAAAAUGAGAAAGAACAAAAACCAAAGAACGCAACGACGCGGCGGGCGAAAGCCGACGGUCAAAGGCUUCCUUUUGUUGUCUUCUUCGUCUUCGUGCUCCAUCGACAAAGUGAUAUAUUUGUAAUGUAAUAGCUAAUCUCGAUAUACUCGAUGUGUACUCGACAUGUAAUAUAAUUCGCGAUGACGAUGCCGCGUGCGAUUACGAUAAUUUCCCUCUACGCGAGCUCCGUGCAGACGCGAACACGUCGGUGGAUCUUUUUUUUUUUAUGCGGAUGGAAAUCGAUAUGCGUUCCGCAGAAUUGGGAGCUUCAACCAAUGAUAGGUUCACUUUUCGAAGAACACGGGCAAAUAAACCUUGAACUUGAGAAAAUUAAGUUAAAUUAAACUCGAUAAAAAUUAGAAAUUACGCAAAUUUCUUGAAUUAAAUACUUUCUUCAUGCUUCAAGAUUAAUUUUUACAAGUUUUUAGAAAAGAGAUUUGGCGCACUCCUCAACUGAAAGAACUCUUUCGCCACGAAAAAUACCCUCUUGACAAUUGGCAUGUGCAUGGCACGUUCACGUUUAUAUGGAAACUAAGACAAGUUAUUAAAAGCCCGCACUGCAUCGGGCAUCUUUGAUUAUACUAUUAAAUACGAGGUAAGGCACGCAAACGACUUUUCGCGAUAAACUUUUUAAAAGCCAGAGUUUCUGGCCAUUCUAUUAAUCUACUUUUGCUCGCGAGUUAACAUGAAAGAAAAAAAUGAAACGCACAUACAAGCUUAUCGCGGCGAAAGGGAUCAAGAUUACGAGUAUCAACGUGCAAUACAAAAUGUAAAAAUCGCGCGUAGCGCGUGCAGCAUACGUUUUGAUAUUUAUUAAUCCUCUAUAGACGAAAUUAUGUUUUUCCCGAUAAAGAACACCAAUUCUCUUUUCUCGAAGCUUUGGUUAGAAAAUAAAUAUAUAUCUGUAUUUUAUAUAUAUACAUUCUGUAUGGUUGUUCUUAAAUAGAGAAUCUUCGAGAUAUGAACUUGAAUAGAAACGCGCAACGAGAAACGCAUCUUGCUUUGAGAUUUUACAUCAGUCCAUAGAGGAUUAAGUCAUUCGCCGAGCAGUUGCUUUUGCGAUUAUCAUCCGUGUAAAACGACGUGUUCGACGUUGGCACCGAUCGGGGAGGGCGAACCUCCCGGAAAGCGUUGCCGGUGCCUUUGAAUUCCCGAAUGAACGAACGAAUAAUCCUUUCCUUGAUAUGAUGCGGAUAGCAAUAAUAUAAUAUCUUUUAUUUCUCCCGUCUACGUCUAUGUCAGAGACACCAGCGCGAUUUAGGUUCGUCGUCGGGAGCCGCGAAGUAGCGUCUUGUUGCACGGUCUAUAUUCGGUCCUUCCAGAAGUCCUCUCCAUUUAGUCGCUCUCUUAGGUAUUUAUACAUAUACGUGCGUAUAUGCGUAUAUACAAUAACGAGAUGCUGUCCUAGCUAUAUGCGUUGGACCGCGAAACGAGAGUGGCCGGCUCAUUCUCUUGGAAUCGGUCUCGUAAGUAGCUUUAAUUUCCGACCACUUCAUAAACCAAGUCCGAUCGUGCGUUCUCGUCGAAGCGAAAGAGAUAGAGGAAGGGACGUAGGAGAGGCGUUUCUUAGGGGCGAACCCGAAGGAUCAUUUACGAGACCGGAUCCCUCCACUUGGUCAGAAAACACUUACCUAGCCCUUAAGUGAUGUAUAGUGUACUUGCUGCUCUGUGUACUUUCGCGCGCUCUCGAAAGUACGCGAAACGAAGUUGAAUAACGAAGGUGCUAUCUAACGAAUAGGGUUGAUCGCCAGAUGCCGGCCGGCCGGUACCUCUACCCGAGAGACGAAAAACGUGAGGAGACGAAAUGCGAGGAGGAGGAGAGAGAGAGAGAGAAUAAAAAGAAGCUCUAUAGAUUGCCAGCUAAUGUCUACCUGUGCCAAAAAGGAAAGUCUUUAGAAACGGAGAAGAGAGAGAGAGAAAGAAAGAGAGAAAAAAAUAGAGAGUCAGAGAAAGUGAGCAAGAGAAAGGAGAAUCUAUUCCGUCGGGCGAAAAUUCAAUUUCCCUCCAAGACCGGCCCGGUGCUGCGAUAGGCCAAUUUAGUCCGUAAUUACUAUACCGUAUUAUUAUACCGUCUCGAUAAAGAUGUAAUUUAACGAUUAGAUGAUACGUCGAUAUUGAUGUCGUCCGUGGUCGGGUGGUGCGGCCAUCGCGUCGAGAUUUUAUUAAGAGGAACAUGUCCAACGAAUGUCAACGAGAAUUCGCGGCGAGACGCGGGAAGCGUUUCGCUCGCGUCUGCACCCUUUUAAUUUCCCACUUCUCGCCGUUUCGCCAUAUAUAUAUAUGUAUAUGUAUACAUACACUCGUCCACCCUAAUAAGCUGGACAUAUACGUGGUCCUCGUGCGCGUUCAGUCUCGAGGAGCGCGGGCUAGAAGAUUAAAGAAAACAGUUCCAUGACGCCUGACGCCCCGAUCGUUAGUCUAACUGCUCAACGUCCGCCCACUGCCGUUCUAUUUCCACUUCCACUGUCACCGUGAUAACCGAGGAAAGCUGCAAAUUGCUUCGUAAAUCAGAGGCGAGAUUUUUGAGCUUGGAAAUAAGAUCGAACCCAGGUAUUUUGGGACCUUUUUACUAUUGAAACAACAUCGAAGUAUUACAUUAAUAUAAUAUUAAUCUGAUUAUAUUAAUAUAUAAUUUAAUUAAUAUUAUAUUAAUCCUAGAAUACUAAUUAUAAUUUAAUCAUGAUUUUCAAAGGUUGAUAAUAAUCGUUUUAAUAAAUGCACUUGUGUGUGAUAGAUAUGUUUUAAAAGGUGUUGCAGCUCAUCCGAAUGUAAAAAAUGUAACGAAUUUUUUAUAACAAAUAUUUUUAUAAUAAUCUUUAUAAUAAUUUUGAUAAUAUCCAAAUUUUUCCUAUAAAAGUUAAUGAAAGUACUAGAGAGUUUGGAAUUAUGCUAUAUUAUUUUUUAAUUUAAUGUGCGUUUUUUAAUAUAACGGGUACAUUGUGCGUUCAUUAUUUUACUUAUUUGUAGCAGUCUAGAAUCAAGUUCGAUGUGCGCGCGAUGUUUGAUUCUCAAAUCUCCGAGUUCUCAGAUUUUUCGCAAACUUUGAGCAAUUUCUGAUUCAUAGAUGUUAGCAAUCUCGGGAAUUUUCAACGCUUCUGCGAUUUCAGCGUACGUUUGUAUGGAGUUUGUGAUCCCGUCGCAAAGGUUCGCGCGCUUUCUCUCUCUCGCCGGUGUGCUGCUUAUAGUCGUGACUUGAAUCGCGAUUCAAUAGGACACAGUGCCAAACGAUUAUUCUAUACCAAGGUAGUAGCGAUGGCGAGGCGCGCGGAAACGCGACCUGCAACGCGAAUGCAACGGGCAAAAGUAAUUUCGGGGCCGUUUGCCGCUUUCCGAAUUCGGUUGUCCUUUCGCCUCUGGAAGAUGGGAACGAAUGAAAGUACGCCCCGCGAAUUAAACCACCGGAAGCACCGCCGGAUGUAGUGCUUGCGUUUCAGUUCGAGCGUAAUAACGCUAAAUAGUGACUACGCGGACAAUCUAAUCUCGUUUACAGCGGAACGUUACAACGGAAUGCGUUGUUACUCUUAGUUACCGUAUUAAUUGUAUUUUGUAGACAGUAAUACGACUACUGACUUCGAGUCAGCCACCGCCGCUUUGUUGAAUUAACUGACGGAGAGGCGCGCGAGAGACACUCUCUCUCGGAUAGUCGAUACAAAACUGUCGCGAUUCUUCCACCCUGUCGUUCUUGAUAAACGUCUCGGAAUCGGGAACGAGGAACGUACACAUUCUUUUAAGGACGUGAUCGCUAAGUACGAGAGUACCUUAAAGUAAACAAUUAAAUAAUGUGAUAUUUUAGUAAUGUGUACCAGGAGUUUAGUAUGUAUAUAUAGCUGAAGCUACUAGUCAUUUCCCAAUUAGUUGGAAUUCGAGACUUAGCCAUAAAAUCAUAUGUGAUAAAAUCGAUUAAGUCUACUAUGUGUAUAU